AAUAUAUGAAACAUGAUAACAACUAACUAACCACUGAAUCUCUCGUUAGAUGAUUCCUGCUGAGUUCAUUUCGAAUCACUUCAAAGGGAAGAUUCAGUCAACGAAAAUGAAACUGACUUCUGACGUUUCAGACAGAACCUGGGAAGUGAAAUUAGACGGCGAAAGAUUCGCCGCCGGAUGGAAAGAUUUCUCCGUCUUCCACUCUGUUCGAGACGACGACCUUUUGAGUUUCCGGCACGACGGAGACAUGUUCUUCCACGUCACACCCUUCGGACGCAGUUUCUCUCAGAUACAGUAUAUCUCUUCUUCUACCUCUGACGAUGAAGAUGAUGAACACACUGUUUUUGAUGAUGAUGAAGACGACGAUAUCGAUCUGUGUCCCAACGCCUCUAGCAUUCCAGAAGGAAACUCUUCCAAAGCAAGCAAAAAACGGAAUGUUUCUGAAAGUGGAGGUGAUGAGAUUGAAUCUGAGGAUUGCUCAGAGACUGUUCCAAUGAAUCAGAACAAGAUUAUGACAUUUGAUCUUAAACCUUACGUGUUCAGGUCAUGUCAAUUUUUUCUUCCUGCAUCGUUCGCAAGAGAGAACGGAAUCGUGGAAGCAGGAGAGGUAAAGCAAGCAGCAUCAUUAGAUGGCUAUAAGGCUGCGGAGAGGAAACCCCGAAUGACGGUUCAAGCACCACAGGCUGAAGAACAAACAGAGGAUCGGGUCCAAAAGAGAGCUCGAGUUACUGAGGAUGGAGGACCAUCUCGCUGCACUAGGGCUGAUCCAGGAAACUUGCAGGACAAGCAACCACUUCCACCUUGCUCAAUCUCUGAUCACGUUGAAAAGGUGAAACAGAGUAUUGUGGAUACUUUAACCGAUGUAAGACGGUUUCAGUCGGAGCUCGAGGUAAAGGAACAUAAUCUAGAAGCUUCGCUGCAAGAAAUUGAUGCGUUAGUUAUUCCAGAAGGAAACUGUUCCAAAGUAAAUGGAAAAGAGCAUGUAUCUGAAAAGUACAGCAGGGAAGGUGAGAGUGCUUCAAUGAAGCAGAACAAGUUUCUAUCAGUAACCUUUAAGCAUUACAUGAUCCAGGCAGGACACCUUAUAGAACAAGAAGAGGCUCCAGAAGAGACGGAGACUCCGUCUCAAAAGAGAGCUCGAGUGUCUGCAGAAGUAGGACACUCUCGCCGCACUCAGGCACAAAACAAAUCCAGUGAUGAUCCACAAAUCUUGCAGCGCAAGCAACCACUUCAACCCUGCUCAUUCUCUGACCAAGCGAAAAAGGUGAAACAGAGUAUUGUAAAUAUUUUAACUGGUAUAAAACGGUUUCGGUCAGAGCUCGAGAUAAAGGAGCAGAGUUUAGAAGCUGCGCUGCUGGAAAUCGACGCCUUAGAAGAAGACUGUUACAACGGAAACAGAAAAGAUAAUCUUUCAGAGAGGGCUUCAAUGAAGCAGAGCAAGUUUUUGACAAUGACCUUUAAGCCUUACAUGCUCAAGUCAGGUCAACUUAUAGAACAAGUACCAUUAGAUGAAGAAAGAGAGACUCAAGAAGAAACAGAGACUCGGAUCGAAAAGAGAGCUCGAGUUUCUGCAGAAGGAGGAUCUUCUCGCCGCAAUCAGGCAUCAAACAAACCCAAGGCUGAUCCACAAAACUUGCAGCCUAGGCAACCACCUUGCUCAAUCUCUGAUCAAGUGCAAAAGGUGAAACAGAUUAUUGAGGACACUUUAACCGGGGUAAAGCGGAUUCGGUCAGAGCUUGAAGUAAAGGAACAGAAUUUAGAAGCUUCGAUAUUGGAAAUUGAUGCUUUAGGGGAGAAAGUGUUGGAAAUCAACAAAAUCCUCAAAGAGCUUGAGGAAGCUGGAAGAAAGCUUCUUGACCCACCUUCUUCUGUUCAUGAGAUUCUUUCUCUUCUCGACAAAGUUGAACACCUCAUGUCAAAGAUCGAACAGUCACCUCCUUGCCCAACAAUGUGUGAACUUUAUCCAUUGAUAGGAGCAUUGGUCAGUCCUAAACUCUUCAAACAUUCGGAUGCUCAUGUCAAACUUGCAGUUGCGGCUUGCAUUUGUCAGAUUACGUUCAUAACUGCUCCAGAUCUUACCUAUGAUGAUGACCAGAUGAAAGAAGUAUUCCAGUUAAUUGUAUCAUCAUUUGAACAUCUGUCUGACAUAUAUAGUCGAUCCUACGCCAAGAGGUUAUCAAUCCUUGAAACUGUGCAUGAUGUCAAAUUAAGCAGAGUGAUGUUGAAUCUUGAAUGUGAUGCACUUCUUGUUGAGAUGUUCCAGCAUUUCCUCAACGGUAUAAGGGACCAUCAUCCUGCGAAAGUGUUUUCAUCUAUGGAGCACAUUAUGACCCUUGUUGUAGAAGAAAGCGAUGAUAUACCUCCACAGUUGCUUUCACCAAUUCUACAUUAUGUUAGAAAGGAUGAUAAGCAGAUUCCCCAAGUAUCACGGAAGUUGGCAGAACAAGUUCUCAUUAAAUGUGCUAGCAAGCUCAAAACAUAUCUGGCUGACGUAGUGAAAUCAUCGGGCAUCUCUCUAGAUAAGUAUAGUAAUAUAGUGGCUUCAAUAUGUGAAGGGACAUUGAGUGCUUUGAAGCAGAACGGAGCUGUUGCUGAUAAGAAAGAAGUAAAGUUUCUCGCCUGUUUUUGUAUCAAAUUGCCUUUAUCGUUUUUACUUGCAUCAAGUGUCUCCUAUGGAGGAAGGUUGUUUCCGAAAACCAAUGGUUAUGAGAGUUUUCCAGUUUCAUUUGCUCUUAUACCGUUUUGCCACUUUGUGUCCUCUGCAGAACAGUCAAGGCCCAAGGGAAGUGGCACUACUUCUUCUAUGAAUGAGAACGGACAUGAGGCUCUGUCCCCGAGACGUGAAACAGAAGCUGGAGUAGGAGUACAAACUCAGGAAAGGAGAAACCGUGAGUUGGCUAAAAAAGAGGAUACUGCACAAAUUGAGACUUGGACACACAAGCGACCUCGAAUGCUUAUGGAGAAGACAACUGCAGAAGGAGAAUUAUCUUGCUGCACUCAGAAAUCCAGUGCUGAGCCCGGAGAUAUGCGCAAGAAACUCCUUCAACCUUGCUCAGUCACACAUCAGUUGGCUAAGGUGAAACAGAGCGUUGUAGACACUAUAACCAGUGUAAGACAGUUUCGGUCUGAGCUUGAGACAAAUGAGCAGAACAUUAUAGACAGUGUACGGCAGUUUCGGUCUGAGAUCAAGAAAAAGGAAGAUAAUCUAGAAGUUUUGCUGCAGGAAAUUAACGUCUUAGGGGAGAAAAUAUCCGGAAUCAACAAAUUUAUUCACUCAUAAUCAAGUUUGAAAGUGAGACGGAAAAUCAUGGGAUUGGACCGGAGACUUUUGCUACCUGUUUUCUUUUGUAUUUUGAACUUGUUCAACAAUGGAGGGAAGUAGUUAGUUGA